AUGUUUACCCUUUUGUUAUCUCUCCACUGCACCCGUACGUCUUUUGUUAUCGGCCGUUCAAGCAUCCGGAAUUUCUGCUCCAACCAAAUCCUAGAUCCGCCCUACCACCACCAUCUCAGCCCUCCACCGCCGCUGACCCCACAGAGAGACGACGUCUCUCCCGAGCUAGAUCUCACCACCCCUACCUCCGUCAUCUCGAAAUAUACAACCUCUUCCCUGCUCGCCGCCGAGAGGGAAAUUCAAGGACCAGGAGGUGGGCCCUCCAGGAAAGCCCGGUAUCUAAUUUCGAGGACAAGUUUGAUUUCCAGUCUGGGUCCGACUUUACUCUCAGGGAAGGAAAAAGGUGUGUAUAAUAAGAAGUGGAGGCUUUCAGUUGAUGAAAUAAGAGAGUAUAUGAGGAUUAUUGAGCAGUCUACUGAUGAAGUCGAGGAUCUGGAGCAAUUGGCAGCCGAGCUGAGAGCCGAAAUCGUGCACACCGUGGCAAAAACUGGAGGACACUUGAGCUCAAGCUUAGGAGUGGUUGAGCUUACAGUGGCCCUGCUACAUGUUUUCAAUACCCCUGAUGACAAAAUCAUCUGGGAUGUAGGCCAUCAGACCUACGGGCACAAAAUCCUGACUGGUCGGAGGUCGAAAAAGCACACCAUCAGGAAAACUUCAGGGCUAGCUGGCUUUCCCAAAGACGAGAGCAUUUAUGAUGCUUUCGGGGCCGGGCAUAGCUCCACAAGCAUCUCAGCUGGAAUUGGUAUGGCUGUGGCGAGAGAUCUGCUUGGGAACAAGAAUAACAUGGUGUCCGUGAUUGGAGACAGAGCGAUGACAGCUGGACAAGCUUACGAGGCCAUGAACAACGCUCGAUUUCUCGACUCUAACCUAAUCGUUGUCCUAAACGACAACAAACAGGUGUCCUUGCCCACACAGCAACCCUUGACGGGCCCGCCACACCUGUCGAUGCCCUCAGCAGCGCCCUCGGCAAGCUCCAAGCCAGUCCUAUGUUCAGACAGCUCCAUCGGGCCACAAGCCCAUGAAGUGGCGGCCAAGGUCGACGAGUAUGCGAGGGGGAUGAUCAGUGCCACUGGGUCUACGCUGUUUGAGGAGCUUCGGCUUUACUACAUAGGCCCAGUGGACGGUCAUAACAUCGAGAACUUGGUCAACAUUUUCGAAAAGGUCAAGACCAUGCCGGCACCCUGCCCGGUUCUGAUUCAUAUUGUCACGGAAAAAGGGAAAGGAUAUCCGCCGGCCGAAAUAGCUGCCGAUAGGAUGCACGGGUUUGUUAAAUUUGAUCUGACCGAGCAGUACGCGGUCACAUUUGCUGUUGGCUUGGCCUGCGAGGGUCUCAAGCCCUUCUGUGCCAUCUAUUCUUCUUUCCUCCAAAGAGGAUAUGAUCAAAUGGUGCAUGAUGUGGAUCUUCAGAGUUUGCCCGUCCGGUUCGCGAUGGAUCGAUCCGGGUUAGUGGGUGCAGAUGGGCCGACCCAUUGUGGAGCGUCUGAUGUGACCUACAUGGCAUGCUUGCCAAACAUGGUGGUGAUGGCUCCAUCGGACGAGGCUGAGCUCACGCACAUGGUGGCCACUGCAGCCGCCAUAGAUGACCACCAGAGUUGCUUCCGGUUCCCGAGGGGAAAUGGUGUUGGGGCCGUCCUUCCGCCUAAUAACAAAGUAGUUCCACUUGAAGUUGGAAAUGGAAGAGUGCUGUUAGAAGGCAACAAAGUGGCAAUUUUCGGGUGCGGAGCCAUAGUCUAA